UGAUGGAAUACUUAAGCACCGCAAUGGAUGAGACCAGAAUUCACCAUAACGUGACAGCAACAAGUGUUUCUGAUGAGGCUACAGUGCAACAUGCACCACUCAUUGCUAUGACGGUGUACAUGGCAUUCUUGUCCAUCGCAGGCCUGUUGGGAAAUAUCUUGGUUGUUCUCUCUGUUGCCACGUCGCCCCGGCUACGCAACGCAUCGUACGCCCUGAUCGUCAACCUCAGCGUGGCUGAUCUCACCGUAAACGUGCUCUCCAUCCCGUUAAUUUGCGUCUCCUUCUUCAACUACAACUGGCCGCGAGAUCCUUUCUGGUGCCACGUCGUGUUUUACACCAUCACGCUCUCGGUGGGUGUAUCAAUCAUCAGCAUUACACUGAUCGCGGCCAACCGUUACAUUCUUGUGGUGAAGUCGCGACGUUCAUACCAAAAGUUCUGCGGACCCCGCAUCUUGGCAUUUCUUAUCCCCUCCGUAUGGGGGAGCUCCAUUUUCAUUGUUGCGCUGCCUGAGUUCGGUUUUGGAGUCAUCACCUACGACCCUCUCCUUUGUCUCUGUUCGGUGGACAACUCAGACCUCCCAACGUUCUGGUACGCUGCAGGGCUCCUAAUCUACGGCGCGUUCUCUGGUUUCAUUUUAACGCCCUUCCUGUACUUUCUGACUUUCCGUGCUGUGAGACGAAGCAAGCAGCGCAUCUGGGCCGCCCAGAACCACCCAGAAAGUAGCGGCAACAAUGGCCACGCUCCGCACCAGAGGCGUGUCUUGCGACCUGCCGAGAUCCGCCUGACCAAACUGAUGGCCGUCAUCUAUCUAGCCAUCAUGGCCUGUUGGACCCCGCUCUCUGUGAUCCAUUUCUUCAAGCUGUCCUUCGACGUUUCCAUCACGCUGCAGAGGCUGGCCCUUCUGCUCAUGUUGACAAACUCCUCCAUCAAUCCUUACCUCUACGCCUGGCUGAACUCCAAUUUCAGGAGAGCCUACAGGAGGAUUUUAUUUUGCGGUCAACAAAACGAUGGCAGCAGCCUGAAUGGUGCUGUCUGA